GGGAAGUUUACUGAAUGUUAUCGAAAGGAUUCAUUAAUAAUAUAAGAAUUUAGAGUCUACAUCGUAAUAAAGUGGUGAAGGAUUGGCUGGUGUUGAUGAAUUGAAACGGAUUCACGUAGUGUUUCUAGAUCUGUCAAAAUUUGAAUGAGGUGCUUGCAUAUGAGGUGUUUAAAAAGAAACUCCAGUAAGUGUGAAGUUCUCUCUCUCUCUCUCUCUCUCUCAUAUUGUACAAGAGAUAAGUGCGCUGCAUAAAGGCCACACCUGUGUCACUGAGCGUGGAUGUCAUUAGACGUCAGUGACAUCGCGUAUGGUGCAUCAAAGGAUACGUGGAACUGCCAACGAUCUGUUGUACUUGGAUAUUUGACGCGAGUGGUAUUGCUCGUUGUGAAAACAUCGCCGUCCAAGAGAAAUGGGAAACCACCCGUCCGCCCACCAGCCACUCGAGAGGGCUACCAGUCAUGCUGGAAAUGGUCUUCGCCUCUCGAAGCGCGAGAGGUCGCCGGGAAAAAGAAUGGAUCGGCUUCGACGAAGCUUCCGAGAUAGCUUCCGGCGGCGGAAAGACCCUCAUGUGCCCGAGUCUAGUAAACCUCAUCAAUGGCAAGCGGAUGAAAGUGCAGUGCGUUCAGCUACAUGCGCUUUUCAUGUUAAGUAUCUAGGAUGUGUAGAAGUCUUUGAAUCGAGGGGUAUGCAAGUUUGCGAGGAGGCCCUUAAAGUUCUCCGUAACUCAAGAAGAAGACCAGUACGGGCGGUACUUCACGUAUCCGGUGACGGAUUGCGUGUUGUCGAGGACGAAACGAAAGGGUUGAUUGUCGAUCAGACAAUUGAAAAGGUGUCGUUCUGUGCGCCGGAUAGGAAUCAUGAGAAGGGAUUUAGUUACAUUUGUAGGGAUGGCACGACAAGGCGAUGGAUGUGUCAUGGAUUUUUAGCAUUAAAGGAAUCGGGAGAAAGAUUGAGUCAUGCAGUAGGCUGCGCCUUUGCUGCAUGCUUGGAGAGGAAGCAACGAAGAGACAAAGAAUGCGGAGUUACAAUGACUUUCGAUUCGAAGACUUCCAUCUUCACAAGAAGUGGCAGCUUUAGGCAACCGAAUCUCGCGGAGCGGUUACAAGAAGCGCGUGAUCGUGCAGCAGAAAUUCCUCCGGUUAGGCAAGUGUACAAUCCCUUUGCAAUUGAGAGGCCGCACGCUACUCUAUCUAUGUUGGAGCGGCAAGGUUCCUUCCGGGGUUUUUCACAGCUAAGUCAAGCAUCCCCAUUUAAAAGGCAACUCAGUCUACGAGUCAACGAUCUUCCUAGUACUCUUGAACGCACACGUAGUCACAGUCUUGAGCCAACGGAUUUGGCGCGAAUGCCUUCAGCUCAUUCGCAUAUAGUACCUUCGAAGCCCCCAGAAUUCGAAGGAUAUGACGAAGUGAGUCCAAUACCAGAAAUAUUUCCUGGUGAUCACGACAGCGUUUCCGCGAUGUGUCAGCAGCUUUCUCAAGGACUUUCUCUGCUUUCGAGCAGCGAUGACUUUGGACCAUUGCCGUCGUCCCAAUCUACCGCGAGCUCCGUAGCUAAGCAGCUUUUCACCAGUACCACUACUAACUCUCCUCCAGUAACGAGUAGCAACUCGUUGGAUGAGAUGAAACUGCAGAAUGGUCCCAAUAUCAAUAACAACGAUAACAACGACAAGAAUGAAGAGCUCAGUAAUCUGAAUCAUGUAGCGCCCAGUUGGCAAGAAUCCGCAUCCCCCGUUCUCGCGUCGAAUCACAGGCUCACGCCCAUCCUUAAGGCGAGCAACUUGAGUCCCGUUCUUCCAAGGACGAACGCGCCCACUCCAGUCGUUAUGAGCACACCGGCACCUGUUUCCUCUAGUGUAGGUGCCUUCGGCACGCCGCCAUCGGCAGCAAGUCCUGCUUUCAGCACGGCUUCUACAUCCUCUUUAGGAAAUGCGUCUACGCCGGCCGUGAACAGAUCGCCGAUCCCAAUAAAUUCCAUGAUGACGCCAAAAACAAGUUCUCCUAGUACCAGUGUAGCAUCCGUUUCCCCGGCGGUACCACUCUCAGCUGAUGUCGCUCAAGUCUCAUCGGCAACUGGAAUCCCGACGGCUUUAGUGCAACCGCUUUCCACAGCAGCUGGUUUACCGAAACCAGAACAAUGGUUGGGUAGUAUAACUGGCUCUGUACCGUCACCGACACCACAGCAAGUAACUGUUAGUCCUCGACGAGCACCUCCUCUUCAUACGAGGGCACAUUCGCUUGGUUCGGCUGCAAUGAGCCUGACUUCCAGAGGACCUUCUGAUCCCUUCGACGUCGAAUGGGCGGAAAUAGCUUCCAGAAAUAUGCAGCAGUCAACCACGACGAAUCCCUUUAUUAUGCCGAACGCGACCCAGGCGUUCCAAGUGCAGUUGUAGCGUCAGGAGUUUAUCAAUAGUGUCGCCAAGUAUUUCCACUCAAGCACAUAGCGGCAACACGUCCGCCCGCGCUCCGACCUUGCACACGAUCGAAAGUAUUACACGUGAGCCGCGUGUCCUCGACCUGAUCAAGUUUCCGAAUGGGUAGUAGCGGUAUACAAAGUGUCAUUAAAAGUCUCGAACUGAUACCACAAGGCGGAAAACCAGAACAAUGGUUGAGUAAUAUAGGAACUCAGCAAUAGUACAAGAAUGUUCUAAAACGUGGAAAUAAAUCUUAUGAGUCAAUAUGCCAGUAGUAUGAUGUUGCAAUUAUUGAGCGUUAUGCCAAUUUUGGUUCGAUAAUUUAAAUGUCUAUUUGCAAUUGUGGUGAUAAAUGGAAAAUUGAAAUAACGCAUGCAAAUUUUAUGUCAAGUUAAAGCUGUUAAAUGCUUCUGCGAACUUCUAGAAACAACCAGAAAAAAAUGUAAAUUUGUAGUGUUAUAGACAUUUUAAACACGAACAAAAAUUGCUCGAGGUAAAAAAUCAUUGAGAUGUUUAAUUGAAAUAGUGUAAGUGGAAGUUUCCCAUGAGGCUAAAAAUAUUCAUAAAAUCAUCUAAAUGCGUCUACAAGUCUUUGGAAAAAAACAAGGCACUAGAAAAAAAUUUGUGUGUAGCAUGACAACUUCUAAAAGAUAUUUAAAAAAUCACAGUCAAGUUAGUUCUCUUGCGGUCUUCACGAAUGAAUAGAUUAAUUUGGUGAUCGAAUGACUUGAUAAAAUAUUUGACGAACUUCGGAGAUAUUUUCGCGCAAAACUUGAUGCAUAUACGCUUUGCUCCAAUUUUAUGUCUCUCUCACACAGCACCUAGAUUUAUGAACAAAACCGCGAGCAAUAUUAUAUUCAAUAAUUACAACAUUAUACUACAUGGCAUAUUGACUUAUAAGAUCUGUGGUCUUUACUCUAUCCCUGUACUACCGAUUGUUUUUUUCACCUCGUAGCAUUAGUUCGGGAACUUUUUGAUUGCACCUGAGUUUACCGUGAGAUCCAUUAAGAAAUUGGACUGAAGGAGCGCAUAAAUUCUUCUUGUCAAAUUGACGCUUAGUAGCAACGACGAUAGGAGCGAACUGAACCAGCACAAAAUAUCAGCGUAAAAUAUACUUAAUAGAUAGAUAAGUAUAUACGCGCACAGCCUUAACGACCUCAGUAAGAAUAAAAAUAAAACACGCAUAUACGCAUAAGCAGACACCCGGGUGACGUGACGCGGGACACAAAGUUUCACGCACCGAUAAUAACAGGCUACAUCUCGUCAGCCAUUUAAAUAGAAGCAAUAGAUGUCGCGAAGUACGCGUAUAAGCAGAAUUCCCGACAGUACGGAUAAUAUCUUACACUUAAAUGUCUAUCACGCGAUAUUAUAAUUGGAUAUUCUAAUUAUCUUGAGUAGAGUUAGGCUCAAACUGAGCGAUUAUCGUCGUUCUGCAUGAAAAACGAAAUUGUAUGCACUCAAGAUUACGCUGCACCCUUACUGUUAUUUUUUUCAAAAAACAGAAAAGAAAAGUAUAUAGGGUAGUUGUCACUUCGUGAUCGAAUCGUGACCUGAAUCACGAAGUGAGGUGACCGUACCUUCCACAGGAAGGGGACUUGCAUUUCCGGCAAGUUCACCCGGCUCAAACGGAUAGAUACGUUCUAAUCUACCGAACGUAGGGUAUGCAGUAGGGGUUAACAUCUACGAGGAGACUGUGAUAUUGAUGUGAAGUGGCUAGUACUUAAGAGAACAGGGUCAAACGGAUUACGAAGUAUCGUAAGGAACUUGCUCAAGGUCAUCGUACCGCGUGGUAGCACAGAAUGAGUGAUCGUGAGUUCGGGUACCACAGACUCUAUCGUCCCGUAUUAGCCGGUAAAAAACACCCCGUAAAUUACUUAAGAUUAGCUGUUAAAGAUUAGCGGAGAUAUGUCUUACACUAUCGUUGUCUAUUAUACAUACGAUCGUGUCGCAUUUAUCAUGAGGACCGAGGAGCAGGAUGACGAAGCGUGUAGAAAUUCUCGCACGAGGAUAACGCUUGCGGAAUACAAUACUUUUCUCGAGAGUUUAGACGGUGCUUCCGCUCUGUAAUAAUAAUAGUUGCGAAAAUCGCUUAUCGAGCCGAUCCUCAAGUGUGAGUUCAUAUCUACGAUCUGAUUGCGCUCAGCUAUGUACAUCUUAGCGAGUGAAGGAGUUUCCUCAGUCUCGUGUAUAUAGUAAUUGAUAGUAUCCCGUGAGAUAUCAGUAUUGCGCCUCGCAGCUUUUUGUCUUUCAAGUUAAUCGCUGCACUUUCGGUUUUUCGAAACGGAUCGAGGGUAAACGUCGAGGAAGGCCAAGGGAGAUAUUACAAGAGGGAUAACUGAGACGUGUAUGUAUGCAUUGUAUAUAGAUUAGUUAUUUAAAAUGUAACGCGACAGUGUAGGAGAGUGAAGAAGUUUUAAAGAGCGUGUGUCAUUUGUUAAGCCGGCGACUCAGCAAUGAGACGAGAGAAAUUCUUCCUCAAGUUCAAUCGAAGCGAAUAAUCGAAUUGUACCAUAUAAUAGUAUUUUAUAAUUUUAUAAACGAUACGAGGAGACAAUGAUGCUACGAUUCUGCAUCGUGAAAGAGAGAU